AUGUGGCAACACAAAUGGGCCCUUUGGAGUGGGUGUUUGGGGGCAACCGCAUCCUGUAUAGGGAAAAUUGCCUUUACGGACAAUCCCAUGUCUCCUCUCUACACGCUGAAAAAAGACGUUUGCCAGGUUUACCUAAAAUCCGAUGUGGACGCGAUUCUGUUGGACAAGGUGUAUUGGAUACUGGGGGAUCUAAUGAUCAAAUAUGACAUUAAUCUAAUGACGUAUUGGCAGACCAUUCGACUGAAAAUGGAGGAUGCAGUCUUGCAACUUGGCAUUUUUGAAGUCGACUGGUGUCAGGCGUUACUGCUGGCUCCAAGGAUCGCUUGUUUUGUGCUUAUGCUGAUUGUGAAUGCAUACAUGAUUGCGUCUUUCUUAAAGGGGAUGAAAGACUCUGGAAGCGUCGUUGGAACUGCGCUUUCAUCUGGGGCGAAUUUUGUAUUCUCGGCACUGUAUGGUUACAUUUUAUGGGGAGAACGAUUCUCACAAACCUGGUGGAUGGGAUUCGCUACAGUCAUGGCGGGGGUCUUUCUCCUCACUACGACGGUUGCUACCACAGAUUCGCCACAGAGAAGAAGAAAAGCCAGUGGGCUGGACAAGAAAAAGAGACCAUCGCCCGUCACAACUACAAUCUAUGAGCGGAAUGAAAAGGAUGAGUUUGUGCCCAAAAAGCUACCACUGAACGAGUACAUUAAAGCGGCAGGUCCCAAAUCUCCACCCGCCACACCACCUCGAGUUGCAUUGACGCCCUCCAAGAUUCUAGGCCCUUCUCGAAAGUUGCUAAAGAAACACAAACAAAUGACGACUCCCUUUAUUGAUCGAUUUUUCAUGAAUGAAUGCCCACUCUGCCAACAGCCUCUCUUUGAUGAUAAAACUGGAUUGUCCGCGACGGCACUGGCCAACCUUAGUCCACAGUGUUCCACUGCUUACCAUGCCAAGUGUCUGAUACAGCAUUGUGCCCAAAUGAAAAAAGCAAAACAGGAAGCCUUGUGUGUGGUGAGCCACAAACCAAUCAGCUUGUGGACCAGAAGCAAACAAGCGGCUAGUCUGGGAGCCUUUUGGAUGGAGCGAGUCGAAGGAAUUCUUCAACAGUUGGGUCCGGCACAAGACGAGGAUGGCGAUCGACCUAUUUCCAUGACAGUGGUGCGGCAAAAGUUACACGAGGAUCCAACACUCACGGACCAACAAAAAGAAUACAUUGAUGACGAUCCAUCGGGCCUGGACAAGGGACUAGCGUCAUGUAUUACCUGGGGAGGAUCAGUAGACUACAAUGACUGUGCCAAAGGCCAUAGUGACUAUAAAAAGUUUCUGGUGACAGAGGGAAUAUGGCAAUAUGACGCACGAAGGGAUGAGAUUUGGUUCCAUGGAUGGGGCUUACACCCAAAGAAGAGAUGCGAUUUCUGUCAAUCCAUGAUGCCGAUCACAUUUAUGUGUGAUGAAACCAAGGGAUCCUGCGAAGGUUUAGCGUAUUGCUCUGAAAAAUGUCAAAAAAGUGGAUUCAAACGACAUAAAUUGACCCGCGAAAUAUGGAAAGAGAAGGGACCCAAGUUUGCGUAUGUGGGCUGGCAAUAG